ACCCCGGUGUUUGCGCCUGCGCAGUAGUGCAGAGCUUUGUUAUGUGAUUUCAGUAUGGCGCUUAGCAAAACGUUUGGACAAAAACCGGUGAAAUUUCAGCUCGAGGAGGAUGGGGACUUUUAUAUGAUCGGAUCGGAGGUGGGAAACUACCUCCGUAUGUUCAGAGGCUCCUUGUACAAACGAUACCCGUCAUUAUGGAGGAAACUGGCCUCAGUAGAAGAACGCAAGAAAAUCGUAGAGUCGUCCCACGAUCACGGCUACACCCAGUUGGCCACCAGUGUGACUCUGCUGAAGGCGUCGGAGGUGGAGGAGAUCCUGGAAGGGAACGAUGAGAAGUAUAAAGCAGUGUCCAUCAGCACAGAGCCGCCGGCGUACAUCAGGGAACAGAAAGCCAAGAGGAACAGUCAGUGGGUUCCCACUCUGCCCAACAGUUCCCACCACCUGGACGCCGUUCCCUGUUCCACCACCAUCAACCGCAGUCGACUGGGCCGCGACAAGAAGAGGACUUUCCCCCUGUGCUUCGACGACCACGACCCGGCGGUCAUCCACGAGAACGCCACCCAGGCCGAAGUCCUGGUUCCGAUCCGUCUGGACAUGGAGAUCGAAGGCCAGAAGCUCAGAGACGCUUUCACCUGGAAUAUGAACGAGAAGCUGAUGACGCCUGAGAUGUUCGCUGAGAUCCUGUGUGACGACCUGGACCUCAACCCGCUGGCGUUCGUCCCGGCCAUCGCCUCCGCCAUCCGACAGCAGAUCGAGUCAUACCCGACAGACAGUAUCCUGGAGGACCAGACGGACCAGAGGGUCAUCAUCAAGUUGAACAUCCACGUGGGGAACAUCUCGCUGGUGGACCAGUUUGAGUGGGACAUGUCCGAGAGGGAGAACUCCCCGGAGAAGUUUGCCCUGAAGCUGUGUUCGGAGCUGGGUUUAGGAGGAGAGUUCGUCACCACCAUCGCUUACAGCAUCCGAGGUCAACUGAGCUGGCACCAGAGGACGUACGCCUUCAGUGAGAACCCGCUGCCCACUGUGGAAAUUGCCAUCAGGAACACAGGCGACGCCGACCAGUGGUGCCCCCUGCUGGAGACGCUGACAGACGCAGAGAUGGAGAAGAAGAUCAGAGACCAGGACAGAAACACCAGGCGAAUGAGGCGACUGGCGAACACGGCUCCUGCCUGGUAGAACCAGAGGCUCCGCCCCCUCCAGGAGGUUACGGCGGACGGCGGUCCCGGAGACGCUCCUCCUCCUCCCGUUGGGUCUGGAUGCGUUCGUGCUCGGCCUCGGUCCGCCGUACGCCGUCGUCUUUUCUUAUUAAUAUUAAUAUUGGGUUGUGUUUGGCGACGCCCCCCUAGAAAACGUCCCUCCUUCGUGUUUCCCUUCUCGUCCGUCGCCAUGGAGACGAUCUCGUUUCAACCACUGACUCUGUUUCCCCGACCUCGCAGGGAGAACGCACACCACCGGUCUCAGAUAAUAUAUUGUUUUUUUGUUGUAUUUGUUGUCUUUUGUACAUUUUAAUAAUUCUUACAAAAUAAAAAAAAAAAAGUGACUGAACUUUA